CCAGAAUGUUGUGAUGCUGAUGAGCGACAUUGUGGACUGGCUGAUUCCAGACAUCCCUAAAGACAUCAGCCUCCAGAUCCACAAGGAGAAGAUUCUCUUGGUGGAUCUCUUCAUGAAAGAAGAGCAAGGCAAGAUCCAUAUCCUUGAGAGCAGGUUGUCUACAGGGUGCAAGGAGAACUGCAGCAGGAGCGACAACAACAACAGCACAGCGGCUCACCCACGUUCCGGACUGCACACCAACAGCACUAAAAGCCUCUAAUGCUAGUAGCAAUGAAUUCUUAGUUCACUUUUGGAUAGCAAAUCCAAGCUUGCUAGCAGCCUGCUUGCUCAGGCCAACCUAAACUCUGUUUUUUUGUUCUUGUUCAGAACAUUCCAACAAUUGGGAGAGCAGCUGGCUGAUGAGGUGUGAGGAAAGUAAAGGUGAAUGUAUGGGGCCAGAUAUUGUGAAACUGUAUCUCAACCCAUAUGUGCGACAAACUUUGCAAAGGUUUCAAGAAUUUGAAACACAAAUCUGUAUGUGUACACUAGGGAUGGUAGGAUUCACUGAGUUGCAUCGGUGCACUGGCAUGAAAGCUCUAGAUGCAAUCACCCCAAUCAAAAAUUGUGCACCGAUUACGAUUGACCCUUCUUAAGCCCCGCCCCUUUUUGCAAUGUGCUCCAAUGAGUCAUGAGUUAAUUAUCAUGCCCAGUCCCAAAGCGUCUGUUUUUGAUGCCCUGGGAAUGAGACUCAGUAAACUACUAUCUCUCUUGGCUCUGAUUGGUUGUUUUCGUUCAGGCCCGGUGGAUUCUUGUAAAUACCAAUAGGAGCACUAGGAAGAGCCAGAGGAACCUGAUU